AAUGAUGUUAAUCAAACUACUCCUUCUUUGCCUUACCGAUGUUGUUGGAGUCCUGUGAAAGUCAGCAACUUCCGUAUGAUUGGCGGUAAAAUUGACCCGAAAACAUCCAUACCUGAGGCUGUAGAGUAUCGUGGUACCACGUUCAGAAAUGACAUCAUAAAGAAGAAGGUCAUGUUUCGACACGUGCCUCAACCGGACGGGACAGUCAAGGAUGAGAUAGAAUAUGUCGAUUAUAAUGCGAUGAAAUGGUACGUUAUCAGUGAUGGCAACUGCACAGAACAUGAUAUCAAAUUUCCCAUGCCUGAUCCGUGUGUCCCACCCAAUGCUACUUACACUGGGGAUUCCGUGCUGGGAGAGGAAGGGCAUGCGCAGGUCCGUCUACAUCAUUAUAAUCUGGAUUGGAUGGACUUCCGGGGCUACAAUAUCAGAAUUGCUACGGAUUCGCGCACCUGUGACGUCAUAAUGGAGACAGAUUAUGGAGACGUAGAUGGGGCAAAAGCACUGUACACGUACUUUUUCUCUGAUCACGUGUCACACAUAGAAGACUACCGUGUCUUUGAGCUACCUGCUCCAUGUCGCCAUUUUAUGCCGAAGCAUAACUAGUUGCCAAAGGUGACAGAGGACAUUUAGUGUGAUACAUGUGUAUGUGACAUAAAAUAAGCAUCCGUGAACAUGGAAUUUGUUAUUUCUCUAUCUAAACCUUAGAAAAUUGAUUUUUGUUGAAUUCCAAAAAGUAAAAGUUUCACUUUUUGUUAUUUCUCUUGUCUAAAAAUCAUGUUUCAGAAUCUCCAUUUAAAUAUAAUAGAUAUAAAUGUUGAGCAUUGAUAAAGAUGGGACUAAUAA